AUGUUGGUCUUCGGACGCUGUGGGCUGAGAACCCAAAACCUCCUUCUCUCCUUUCUGCUCCUCGCAGCCUGGGUGGCGGGGAGCAGCCAGGUCCGCUACUCGGUCCCGGAGGAAGCCAAACACGGCACCUUCGUGGGCCGCAUCGCCCAGGACCUGGGGCUGGAGCUGGCCGAGCUGGUGCCGCGCCUGUUCCGGAUGGCGUCCAAAGGCAGCGGGGACCUUCUGGAGGUAAACCUGCAGAAUGGCAUUUUGUUUGUGAAUUCUCGGAUCGACCGGGAGGAGCUGUGCGGGCGGGGCUUGGAGUGCAGCAUCCACCUGGAGGUGAUCGUGGAGCGGCCGCUGCAGGUGUUCCACGUGGAGGUGGAGGUGAGGGACAUUAACGACAACCCGCCUCUCUUCUCCGCCUCAGAGCAAAAGCUCUCAAUUCCCGAAUCUCGACUGCUUGACUCUCGGUUUCCUCUAGAAGGCGCAUCUGAUGCGGAUGUUGGAGAGAACGCAAUGCUUACUUACAGACUCAGUCCAAGUGAGUUUUUUGCUCUUGAUAUUAUAAACAAAAAGGACAAAGGCAAAUUUCCAGUGCUUGUUCUACGAAAACUGCUGGAUCGUGAAGAAAAUCCCCAGCUUCAAUUGUCAUUAACCGCAACGGAUGGAGGCAAACCGGAACUUACCGGAUCUGUUACUCUGCUGAUAGUGGUGUUGGAUGCCAAUGAUAAUGCGCCCAUAUUUGACCGAUCCCUUUAUGAAGUUAAAAUGCGUGAAAAUUCAGCGAACCAAACGUUAGUCAUAAGGCUGAAUGCAUCUGAUGCAGAUGAAGGAAUAAACAAGGAAAUAAUAUAUUCAUUUAGCUCUUUGGUCCCACCCAGCAUAAGAAGUAAAUUUCUAAUUAAUGAAAGCACAGGAGAAAUAAGAGUCAAUGAUGCAAUUGACUUUGAAGAUAGUAACACUUACGAAAUUCAUGUAGAUGUUACAGAUAAAGGACAACCACCCAUGGUUGGUCACUGCACCGUCUUAGUGGAAAUACUGGAUGAAAAUGAUAAUUCACCUGAGGUGAUUAUCACUUCCUUGGCUCUUCCAGUGCGAGAGGAUGCGCAGGUGGGCACCACCAUCGCCUUGAUCAGCGUGUCGGACCGUGACUCGGGCGCCAACGGGCAGGUGACCUGUUCCCUGGCACCCCAAGUCCCCUUCAAGCUGGUGUCCACCUUCAAGAAUUACUAUUCGCUGGUGCUGGACGGCACCUUGGACCGCGAGAGCGUGGCGAGCUACGAGCUGGUGGUGACCGCGCGGGACGGCGGCUCGCCUUCGCUGUGGGCCACGGCCAGCGUGUCGGUGGAGGUGGGCGACGUGAACGACAACGCGCCGGUGUUCGCGCAGCCCGAGUACACGGUGUUCGUGAAGGAGAACAACGCGCCCGGCUGCCACAUCUUCACGGUGUCGGCGCGCGACGCGGACGCGCAGGAGAACGCGCGGGUGGCCUACUCGCUGGUGGAGCGGCGGGUGGGCGAGCGCGCGCUGUCGAGCUACGUGUCGGUGCACGCGGAGAGCGGCAAGGUGUUCGCGCUGCAGCCGCUGGACCGCGAGGAGCUGGAGCUGCUGCAGGUCGGGGUGAGCGCGCGCGACGCGGGCGCGCCGCCUCUGGGCAGCAACGUGACGCUGCAGGUGUUCGUGCUGGACGAGAACGACAACGCGCCGGCGCUGCUGCCGCCGCCGCCGCCGUCGCCUUGGGCGCCGCCCGGGUGGCCCGGGGGCGCGGGCGGCGGGGCGGGCGUGGUGAGCCAGCGGGUGGCGCGGUGGGUGGGCGCGGGCCAGGUGGUGGCGAAGGUGCGCGCGGUGGACGCGGACUCGGGCUACAACGCGUGGCUGUCGUACGAGCUGCAGGAGGCGGCGUCGGGGGCGGCGUCGGGGGGCGCGCGGAGCGCGUUCCGCGUGGGGCUGUACACGGGCGAGAUCAGCACGACGCGCGCCCUGGACGAGGCGGACGCGGCGCGCCAGCGCCUGCUGGUGCUGGUGAGGGACCACGGCGAGCCGGCGCUGACGGCCACGGCCACGGUGCUGCUGUGGCUGGAGGACGGCGGCCCGGCGCCCAAGGCGUCCUCGCGGCGGGUGGUGGGCCCCGCGGCGGCGGAGGCGGCGCUGGUGGACGUGCACGUGUACCUGGUGGUGGCGAUCUGCGCGGUGUCGAGCCUGCUGGUGCUGACGCUGCUGGUGUACACGGCGCUGCGGUGCUCGGCGCCGCGCGGCGAGGGCGCGUGCGUGCCCGGGCAGGCGCGGCUGGUGUGCUCGAGCGCGGUGGGCAGCUGGUCUUCGUCUCCGCGGCGUUGGCGGCGGCGGCAGCGGCAGCAGGUGUGCUCUGGGGAGGGGCCGCCCAAGGCCGACCUCAUGGCCUUCAGCCCCAGCCUGCCUCCGUGUCCACUACCAGAUGGGGAAGUCGGGGAGCAGUCUACUGGAGGCGACACUUCUAGCAAGGUGGGUUAUUGCUUUUUUAUUUACAUAUUUUGUUUUGUGAAUAUUUUAUUUCGCCGCUUCUCCCCUUCAAAUUUAUGUCUUGUAAUAUCUCCAUUCUUUGUCUAA